GAUUCACGGUUAUGUUGUUCACAACACAACCCACACGUUUCGGGAACACGAUCUAUGGCUGCCUGUGGAUGUGGCAAUCUGACGACGUGUCUUUGCUCAGCAGUUGUCAAUUUUGCUGCAGCGGGAACCUUCGACUUUUAUAAGUACUGACUGUUGAUCACAUUGCCAUGAUGUUGCAGAGGCUGGCCUUGUGUUCCAGUCUACGUUCCAGGAGCCUGCAAGCAAAUGUUUGCCCACGCUUUGCCAGGGCAGUGUCCCAAACCAAGUUCCCUGUCACCCAUUCUCCUGGGAAGUCAGCAGCGCACCGCAGUGAGCUCAGACAGGCCAAGCGCAUUGUGGUGAAAUUGGGCAGUGCUGUGGUGACGCGGGGAGAUGAGUGUGGCUUGGCCCUCGGGCGUCUCGCCUCCAUUGUGGAGCAGGUGGCCGUGCUGCAGAACCAAGGCAGGGAGAUGAUGAUUGUCACCAGUGGGGCCGUUGCUUUCGGAAGGCAGAGAUUGAGACACGAGAUCCUGCUAUCUCAGAGCGUCAGACAAGCCUUGCACUCUGGACAGAACCAACUCAAAGAAAUGUCACUUCCAGUUCUGGAGGCCCGGGCGUGUGCAGCCGCUGGACAGAGUGGCUUGAUGGCUCUGUAUGAAGCUAUGUUCACCCAGUACAGCACCUGCACUGCACAGAUCCUUGUGACGAACCUCGACUUCCACGAUGAGCAGAAGCGUCGCAACCUGAACAGCACCCUCCACGAGCUGCUGCGCAUGAACAUAGUGCCCAUCAUCAACACCAAUGACGCAGUUGUACCGCCCCCUGUUCCAAACAGUGACCUUCAGGGGGUAAAUGUAAUACACAUCAAGGAUAACGACAGCUUGGCUGCAAGACUGGCUGUUGAAAUGAAAGCAGACCUUCUUAUUGCUCUAUCUGACGUUGAAGGAUUGUAUGACAGCCCCCCAGGAACAGAUGACGCUAAACUCAUCGAUAUCUUCUACCCCGGAGACCAGCAGUCUAUCAGAUAUGGCUCAAAGUCCAAAGUGGGCAUUGGGGGCAUGGAGGCAAAGGUGAAGUCUGCUCUGUGGGCGCUUCAGGGUGGCACGUCGGUCGUCAUUGCCAAUGGCACCGACCCCAAAGUCACGGGCCACGUCAUCACAGACAUAGUGGAGGGAAAGAAAGUGGGCACAUUCUUCUCUGAGGUCAAGCCUGCUGGUCCCACUGUGGAGCAGCAGACAGAAAUGGCCAGGCAGGCAGGCAGGACUCUGGCCACUCUUCACCCAGAUGAGAGAGGAGAGAUAAUUUGCCGUCUGGCUGACCUGCUGACAGAGAAGAAGGAUGAGAUCCUCAGUGCCAACAAGAGAGACAUGGAGACUGCAGCAUCAUCAGGCCGUCUCUCCCAACCCCUGCUGGCAAGGUUGAGUCUGUCCACAUCGAAGCUGAACAGCCUAGCCAUAGGCCUGCGUCAGAUUGCUGUAUCGUCCAGGGACAGCGUGGGGCAGGUGCUCCGCAGGACCAGAGUCGCCAACAACCUGGAGCUCGAACAGAUCACUGUGCCCAUCGGGGUCCUGCUGGUCAUCUUUGAGUCCCGACCCGACUGCCUUCCUCAGGUGUCAGCUCUGGCUAUUGCCAGUGGAAAUGCUCUGUUACUGAAGGGGGGAAAAGAAGCGGCCAACACCAACCGUAUCUUGCAUCAGCUGACCCAGGAGGCGCUCUCUAUCCACGGGGUGAAGGAUGCUAUUCAGCUGGUGAGUACCCGUGAGGAGGUGGAGGACCUGUGUAGACUAGAUAAGAUGAUAGACCUGAUCAUCCCUCGAGGCUCGUCCCAGCUGGUCAGAGACAUCCAGAGAGCUGCCAAGGGCAUCCCUGUGCUGGGACACAGUGAGGGCAUCUGCCAUGUCUACAUCGACUCUGAGGCCUGCAUCGAAAAGGCUAUUGACAUCAUCAAAGACUCUAAAUGUGACUACCCUGCGGCCUGCAAUGCCAUGGAGACCCUACUCCUCCACAGAGAUCUACUGAGGACACCUCUGUUUGACCAGAUUAUAGAUAUGCUUAGAGUGGAACAGGUGAAGAUCCAUGCAGGCCCCAGGUUUGCCUCCUACCUGACUUUUAGCCCAUCUGAGGUGAAGUCUCUGAGGACAGAGUACGGGGACCUGGAGUGCUGCAUUGAGGUGGUGGAUAGUAUGCAGGACGCCGUGGACCACAUUCACAAAUACGGCAGCUCCCACACAGAUGUCAUUGUUACAGAUAACGAGAAUACAGCUGAACAGUUCAUGCAGCAGGUGGACAGUGCCUGUGUUUUCUGGAACGCUAGCUCUCGCUUUGCUGAUGGAUACAGAUUUGGUCUUGGUGCGGAGGUUGGCAUCAGCACAGCUCGGAUCCAUGCGAGGGGCCCAGUGGGUCUGGAGGGGCUGCUGACCACCAAGUGGAUCCUUCGGGGUGAGGGGCACACAGUGGCAGAGUUCUCAGAGGCGGGCAGUAUGAAGUACCUUCAUGAGAACAUCCCUGUUCCUCAGAGAUUCCCCAGCUAGGAACCACAGUCAGUCAGAGAACCCUCCAAUACAGGAACUGUCAUGUAAAAGUGGGAAGUGAAAACCUUAAAGUUAAAUUUUAUGAGUAGGGCUUAAAUUGCAACCUUAUAUAUGGAUCUGUAUGUGACUGUGGGGGUCAACAAACCACUUUCAGAUACCACAUACAUGAAAGCAGCAGGAGACUGUUUUGUAUCUGCUACAGUGUUGGAGCGUGUAAAGCAUUAAGAUGACCUAGAAAUUAAUGAAGAGGUGGUGAACGGUUGCACAGGAAAGCAAAUGGUCAAAGUAUACGUGUGUGUGUACGAUAUAUAUACAAAAGUAUGUGGAGGCCUGUUCAAAUGAGUGGAUUCAGCUUUUUCAGCCAUACCCGUUGCUGACAGGUGUAUAAAAUCGAGCACACAGCCAUGCAAUCUCCAUAGCCCAAAAUUGGUAGUAGAAUGGCCUUACUGAAGAGCUCAGUAACCUUCAAUGUGGCACCGUCAUAGGAUGCCACCUUUCCAACAAGGUAGUUUGUCAACGUGCUAGAGCAAUGUAAGUGCUGUCAUUGUGAAGUGGAAACUUCUAGGAGCAACAACGGCUCAGCCGCGAUGUGGUAGGCCUCACACGUAAAAAUCUUCUGUCCUGCAACAUUCCCUACAGAGUUCCAAACUGCCUCUUGAAGCAACAUCUGCACAAGCACUGUUCGUGGUAAUUAGCCCAGUGUGGUCUGGGUUAGGAGGGGGUUUGGCAGGCUGAGAUUUUGCUGUCCCAUCGCGCUCUUGCGACACGGUCGCUAGGUGUACGGUGUUUCAAGAAGCAGUGCGGCUUGGCUGCGUCGUGUUUCGGAGGACGCACGGCUCUCGACCUUCGCCUCUCCCGAGUUGCAGCGAUGGGACGACACUAUAACUAACAAUUGGAUACCACGAAAUUGGGGAGAAUUUUUACGUCUUGCAGGCUGGAAUGAAGUUCCGGGGGGCAGAUUACGCGCCCCCCCCAUUUUCUGUUUCAGCAUGACAAUGCCACCUUGCACAAAACCAGGUCUAUACUGAAAUGGUUUGUUGAGAUCGGUGUGG